GCCCACGCUCGCGCUUCCGCCCUCUCUCAACUCUGGAAAACUUUUCGACGUCGACGCGGGGAUGCAGGCAGGGCGGGCGGACAGGCGGGAGGCGGCAGUUGGCUGCGCCUCUGGACGUUGAUCGUGUGCUGCUUUGCCCUUGACUCUCCACACCAUCAACACAUCCACCCAUCCUUCCCUGCUGCCCACUCCUAGCCAUGACAGCGUCAGAGCCAUCCGACCCUUCAAAGUCGGUGGACCCACUCUUUCAAUGGGACGACAAGUAUCUCGCUCAGCUUCGCUCAAUAGCAGAGACGGACGAAAUUCCCUCUGACCUCGACUGGACGAGCUUGAGAGAGGCCAUCAAGGUCCGCAUCAUCAACGUCGUAGGCAGCUUCAGUGACAAGCCAAGCCCGCUGUUGCAUCCGGCAGCAAGAGAGGCUGCGGCAAUCGCCAUGGCCAAGAGUGAAGGGGAGCAGCGAGCAAAUGGCAAUGCAAACGGCGAGGCAUCCACGUCUACGGCAGCUGCUGCUGCGAAUGCUCUGGACAAUCGCUUCUCAUCUUCUUCGUCAUCAGCGCGAUCAGACGAUUCUCCCAGCAGUGGUCGUCACUCGCGGCAGGGGGGCCGUCUCUCGCGCAACGACGACUCCGACAGCAGCAGCAGCAGCAGCAGCAGCGACGAGGACGAGGACCGUUCGCAUGUGAACAAUGGCGGCGUCCCCGGCUUCGGCGCAGCGAGCUCCUCAUCCUCUCUCAACACAACCGCAGCAGACCGUUCCGGCUACUAUCCAGCCAAGACUGCCCCUCCACCCGACAGGCACGGCUCCUGGGGACGUCGCCUCACACAAGCCAAGCAGGACGAGGAGACUUCUCUGUGCCUCCGACUACUGGAUGGCUUCGAGGGGAGCCCGCCUUUCACUGUGCAACGCCUUGCUGAACUUUUACUGGACGCGCCGCGCUUUGUUCGCUCUGCGCCAAAGUUUACCGCGAGUCUGCUACGCUUGUUGAGCGUCACUGCAGGACGUGACGAUUUCCCGCCUGUCGAGCCUGGUGUGGCGCCUGGAGCUGUGAACACGGUGAUGAUGACUAUGAGCCAGAAUGGAGAGUCAAUGGAUAGCGCGGGAGCGAACGGAGUAGGAGCGGUUGUGGGGGCCGUGGAGCUGCAGAGGAUGACGGGACCUCCGAGUCCGAUGGCUGAACCCAUUUUCAGCCCUAUACCAUUUUUGCAACGAGGUAAUCAGGCUGCAGAUGGAGAGGCAGCUGCCGAUCUAGGCGAGGACGUGCCUGCGCUGGAGCUCGGACAAGGAAGAGCAACAUCGCAGGCGGACGGUAGAGGAGGAAGCGACGUCGAAGCCCCACCACCAGUUUCUCUCCAGACCGCAAAUUCGGCUCCUACAUCAGCAAGGUCACCUCCUAGUCCACCGCCUGCGGCUCCCCUCGCACUCGGCGGCAGUGAAGCUUCAUCCUCCUCCAUGCCCUCCUCGUCCACAGGCUCUACGCUGCACCAACCACUCGGCGUUCCACCAGGUCGCGUAGACGAGUUGGACGAGUUUGGCGGUAAUGACGAGGCAGCUGGGUCAUCCGCUCAACCGCAACAAAGCGGGCACGCAGGCGAAGCAGGCACGGCAGAUGGGCACCAGUAUGGGCGAGCAGUGCACCCAUUGAGUAGCACGACGACGACGCAGCCUGAGUCGGCGAAGGUGGAGGCGAUGAUCGUGGAUGACGAGGGUGGGUCGAAGGGAACGAGCGGUGCGGGUCAGACAAAGGAGGAGGAAACGAAGGGAGCGGUGCGGGCUUCGCAGGGCGGUAGUGUGGCAGGAGGCAGGGCGGGGAGCGACGAGGCAGAGGAGGAACGUACACACAAGAGGCUCAAGUCGGAGGAGCUGCACUGAAGGGCAUGUAAGGUGGCACAGUCACCAGUCACUCGUCACCCUGCCUAGAGAAUAUCAAUGCUCUUUGCACAGCGCGCACAAUCUCGCAUUGGGCCCCGUCUUGCGCAUCGUCCCCUCCCCUUCAUGCCUGUACAUUUAGUCGUCCUCCUUGCCCCUCGCCUUCUCCUGCUUCGACCAUUCAGUCCAGCUCCCGACAAAGUUCCUUACAUUGGCCCACCCCUCCUUCUUGAGCUCCUCCAAAGCU